AUAGUUGCUUUGGCAGGGAAAGACGGUCGAAGGCAUAAGCUUGGAAUAAAGCCAACAAACGACGUCGUGUGGUUUCCAAUACCUUCUACGUUUUGAAUUUUUGCGAGAAUUGAGAUGGCGAACGAGAACGAACCCGCGAAGCUGCUGUUACCAUACCUUCAACGCGCCGAUGAGUUGCAAAAGCACGAACCACUCGUCGCUUAUUACUGUCGAUUAUAUGCUAUGGAACGGGGGCUGAAGAUUCCGCAAAGUGAGCGCACGAAGACCACUAAUGCUCUUCUGGUUUCGCUCAUGAAGCAGCUUGAAAAGGAUAAAAAGUCAAUCCAGUUGGGGCCUGAAGACAAUUUAUAUCUCGAGGGAUUUGCUUUGAAUGUGUUUGGAAAAGCAGACAAGCAAGAUCGUGCCGGAAGAGCAGAUUUGAAUACAGCGAAAACAUUUUAUGCUGCCAGCAUCUUUUUUGAGAUUCUUAAUCAAUUUGGAGCAGUUCAGCCUGAUCUGGAGCAGAAACAGAAAUAUGCAGUGUGGAAAGCAGCUGAAAUAAGAAAAGCCUUGAAAGAAGGAAGGAAGCCCACUGCUGGACCCCCUGACGGUGAUGAGGACCUCUCAGUUCCUUUGAGUUCUUCAAGUGAUAGAUAUGACCUUGGGACCACCGAAACUACUGUUUCCAGUCCUGGACCAGAAUCUGAUUCAUCACAUAGUUAUCAUAGCCCUGUCAACUACCAGAAUCUGCCAAGCAUUCAGCCUACUCCUAAAUUUCAUGAUACUGUUAACGACCAACAUUCUGCAGAUAUUCCACCAUCUAUGCCUUUUCAUGACAGAGUAGAUAAUAACAAGCAUUCUUCCGUUGUUUCUCCAUCAUCUCACUCUUACACACUUGGAGUUUAUCCUUCCCAAGAUUAUCAUUCUCCUCCACCUUCCCAAGACUAUCAUCCUCCUCCACCUUCCCAAGAUUAUCAUUCUCCUCCACCUUCCCAAGACUAUCACCAUCCUCCACCUUCCCAAGACUAUCAUCAUCCUCCACCUUCCCAAGAUUAUCAUCCUCCUCCACCUUCCCAAGAUUACCAUCCUGCUCCACCUUCCCAAGAUUACCAUCCUCCACCUGCUAGAUCAGAAAGUUCUUAUCCCGAGCCCUACAACCAUCAGCAAUACUCACCAGAGAAUUCACAGCAUUUAGGUCCUAAUUACCCUUCUCAUGAAACUUCCUCUUUUUCUUAUCCCCAUUUUCAGUCUUAUCCAAGUUUUACAGAAAGCAGCCUUCCCUCAGUCCCAUCCAAUUAUACUUAUUAUCAAGGGUCAGAUGCUUCAUAUUCUUCCCAGUCGGCUCCGCUAACUACAAACCAUUCAUCAAGUGCUCAACACAGUUCAGGCAGCAGAAAUGGAACUGUCGUGGAACCUAAGCCAACUACUCAGACAUACCAGUAUGACAGUAGCUACCAACCAGCACCUGAAAAAAUAGCAGAAGCACACAAGGCUGCAAGAUUUGCUGUUGGGGCACUGGCAUUUGAUGAUGUCUCAAUUGCAGUAGACUACUUGAAGAAAUCCCUUGAGUUGUUGACAAAUCCAUCAGCUGGUCAGUAAGAUGUUAUGUAAAUUGAAAUGUGGAUUUCUAUGGUUUUUCUACCUAUUAUUUGCAUGUCUUGUUUUGUAUAUUACAUACAUCAUGCAUUUAAAGUGUGAAGAAAUUUGGGGAAGAUGAACGGAAAUUGUAAAAUCUGCUGGGACUGCGAUCUUUCUUGUUUAUCUGGUAGUUAUUGAGAUUGGCUUGUUUGUCAAGGAAAUGUGAUACAUAUAAGAGAUGUCUGCUAGAUAAAUUUCAGUUGUCUGUCUGGGACAAUUCUCUUUUUCUUUUUGUUUGGGUCUUGCACUCAAAUUCAGGUUCGCGUUCAUUAACCCAUUGACCCUGAGGAUUUGAAUCUCAGCUGUGAAAUUCCUUAGUACAUCAUAAUUACUUGUUGCUUAAGUUCCA